AGAACAUUUACUUGCUACUUAUCUAUCAUAAUCAACCACAAAGUUUAGUGAUCUAGUAGUACACGUAAAAACCAUAUUCAUAUAAUCUAGAACCCGUAUUGUCUAGCCAAACUUGGUGGCUUCACACUACAACCCUUCCCAUUAAAGACACAACACAACCACACUUUCACAAACCCUCAUACCCCAAAAUGAAUCUCUUCAACUCUCCCUUAGCCACCACCACCACCACCCUAUUCAUCUUCCUCUUCACAUUCACACCCCACAAGGCCACCGCCGCCACGUGUCUCCCCGACGAGGAAGCGGGUCUGUUGGGUUUCAAAUCCGGCAUCCGAUCCGACCCGUCCGGCCUCCUCAACAACUGGAUACCGGGUACAGACUGCUGCAAGUGGAACGGAGUAGAGUGUCACUUCAACAGCACCCGGGUCCAGAGAUUGACUCUAUCGGGUCAACCCGAAGAAAACCCCAGGUCCAUCUUAUCGGGUACCAUCUCACCCUCCCUCUCAAAGCUCCGACUUCUUGAUGGACUCUACCUCUUCGACCUCAAAAACAUUUCGGGUCCUUUCCCCACUUUCCUCUUCCAACUUCCCAACAUCCAAUUCGUCUAUUUGGAAAACAACGACCUUUCGGGUCGGAUACCCGAGAACAUUGGCAAACUUACCAAACUAUACGCGCUCAGCUUAGUGGGGAACCGCUUCACCGGAACCCUACCGAGUUCGAUCACCGAGUUGACUCAGCUAACUCAGCUCAAACUCGACAACAACUCGCUCUCGGGAACGCUCCCCAAAGCCAUCAACAAACUCGUUAACCUAAACUACAUCUCCCUCGAAGGGAACCAGUUCGAAGGAACCAUACCUGCUUUUUCCUCGAAUCUUCGGAGUCUCAGACUCUCUCGGAACAAAUUUUCCGGGAACAUUCCAGCCUCGAUUGCAUCUCUGGCGUCCAAUUUGGCUUACUUAGAGCUAGGGCACAACUCGCUUUCCGGGAAAAUCCCCGAUUUUCUCGGAAAAUUCAGGGCGCUGGACACGCUGGACUUGUCGUGGAACAGGUUCUCGGGAACCGUGCCGGCGAGCUUUGCGAAUUUGACCAAGAUCUUCAACCUCGACCUCUCGAACAAUUUACUCGUGGACCCGUUUCCAGUGAUGAACGUGAAGGGGAUCGAAUCGUUGGACUUGUCGAACAACAGUUUUCACCUGGGGAAGAUUCCGAAGUGGGUGCUUACUUCGCCGAUAAUAUUCUCCCUGAAGCUCGCGAACUGCGGCAUCAAGAUGAGAAUCGAGGAUUUCAAGCCUUCGGAGACUUUCUUCUACGAUUUCAUCGAUCUCUCGGGAAACGAGAUAUCGGGGAACGCGAUUAGUUUGGUGAACAGCACACAGUAUUUGAUUGGGUUUUGGGCUGCGAGGAACAACUUGAAGUUUGAUUUGGGGAAAUUGAGGUUUGGGGAGAGGUUUAGGUAUCUGGAUUUGUCGCAUAACGCCGUGUUUGGUAAGAUUCCGAACAGCGUCGUUGGGCUUCAGAAGUUGAACGUGAGUUACAACCAUCUCUGUGGUCAGAUUCCGAAAAACACGUUUCCGGCAAGUGCUUUUGUCGGAAACGAUUGUCUCUGCGGUUCUCCUCUGAAACCUUGCAAAUAAGCCUGGUUAAUAGUGUAUUACACUUAAGUAAGUUGGUGCUUUAAGUUUAGACGUGUUUUAUUUUAGUUUAAAAAUAAUCAGGUGAUUUAAAGCCAGACCUGUGAUAUUGCUAUGCUAAGCAAAUAAAUAAACUUAUUUAAAAAGCUGUAAUUUAAUUAGUAUCUUUA